CUCUCUUCAUUUCUUAACUUUUUGUCUCCUUCAUUCAAGGAUUCAAAAGCGAUUCUCAUCCACAAAAAUGAUGCAGAGGAGGAGGCCCACUGUUGUCUUCUUUCUCGAGUCAAUUCCAUUUCAACCAGAAGAUGACUUUCCUGGGAUUGUUCCUUUACGGCCAAAUCUGGAGAAUCUCACUGCUGUAUAUCUCCCGGCGCUGCAAGCUAUUCUAGACAGCCCUCUUAACGCCAGUGGCAUGGUACAAGCUGUUUAUAUCAAUUUUGGGCGUCCGGGCAUUUAUGAAAUCAGGCCCCAAGCAGACUUUAUCAAAGAUUCUGCACCUACAGCAUUUGAGAAUGUGCUCGGAGGGCUAUUCCAAACUGGAAGGAUUCUACGUACUGACACAGCUGAAGAACUUAUGCUACGGAUUCCAGAUGUCCCCACCGUAAUUGCUCGCAUUCAGGAAGACUAUAUGAAAAUAGGUUGCUUGUCCGGUGCUGGUGCUUUAGAUGGAACUAAUCUCCAAGAAUAUCUUACUGCCUCUAGCAAUGAUCAGUCAUAUUUCUUUGUGGUUGGAAACUUUGCUGACUAAGAGAUCGAUCAUCACAUAGAGGAUUACGUUAAAGUUAGCCAGUUGGACUUGAAUGCUAAUGCUGAGCUACGCGCGGUUGUGAAUGCACUGCAAGCUAAAUGGGGUGUUCUCUGAGAACCCGAAAUUACCUCUGACUAUGUUGAAUUACCCAUUGAAUAGACAGCGUGACAUCUAAUUUGGUUACUGUGAUGCUGCUUGAUAGAAAACUGAGAGUAGUAGUCUUUUUUACUGUGAUGCAGCAGGUGCUUGCUAGUCACUACAGGCAUGCUUAUACAUUGUCCUGAAAGGGAUUGGAAUCAACUUUGCGCUGUUUAGAAACAAUUUGCAGUGUUUUCAAUUCCCUUUGGAAUGAGAGCAUUGUACUAGCAACAUCUGAUCUAUUAGUAUGUUCUAUUGGUACAAUUUGAGUUUGAUUUGACCAAUGUUUCUAAAGUUGUGAUGGAGUACUAUGUUAAGGCCGUGAAA